CGCAGUUCCGGCUGCACUUAUUCCAGAUGGUGCGCGAUCGGGAAGGUCAUAAACGUCGAUCGGUCGACAAUCAUUGACCGUCUUGGCUACGCUGCACGCGGACACAGCGCGGACCGACCGUUACAACGGAAAGAUUUGCUGGUCCAAAUGGCCGUGACAUGCAUUCAAGUCCCGGGGUGCAUGUCACUGUUGCCAUGGCCCAGUUGA